AUGCUUUUCAAGACCUUUUUCCUCAUCACUGCCAUGGUGGCCCCCUCGGUCCUCGCGCAAUGCACGGGAGCGCCGUUCCAGGGGACUUGCAACGACUGCGUUGUCGAGUGCCACGAUACCUACAAUGGACCGGGCAGACAAGAAUCGCUUCAGCGGGCCAGUUGCCAGUUUGCCUGCCUCGCGUUUUGCGACGACUGCGACUAA